GCCGGGCGAAACCAUUCAUCCGGCCAAUACUCCGACUGAAAAAUAUGCGAAGAUGAAAGAGCACUGCUAGGCAUCGAGAUUCGGAUUUCAAAGAGGAUUACGGCCGCGUAGCUGAAUUAGCUGGUACGAUUGCAAUAAGGGGUAAUUUAGGAUUGGAUUAGUUUCUUAAUCACACGGUCAUCGGCGCUGAAUCCCCCCCACUAACCUGCGACAAACAGACAAACAGACUUGCGGGAUUGGGAUGCAGGGAUGAUUUUGGUGACGCUGCGAUGGAUACCUGCGAAGAUACCUAAAGUCAAACAAUAAUGAGGAUUCGAUUUGAUUUUAAGUUGGUUUAGUCGUUUUUAUCGCUUCUUUGUUGACAUCAUUCGGCCAUGAUUUUCCUGCGGAGGCUCGUGAAGCUGUUGGUGCUGUUGAUCCAGAGCGGAUGGUUGGGGGUCGCGCCGAGCCCCACCGACGAGGGAGCACUCCGGGCCGGCCAUGGGGAGCACGGAGAGCCGGGGCACCAGGAGCCCCACAAGGACUCCUACAGCACCUUCGCCUCCGAGUUCCUGGAGUCCAGAUAUCUGUCCGAUGACGGUUAUCCAUUCCCCACCGCCCCACCAGUGGAUCCCUUUGCCAAGAUCAAAGUCGUCGACUGUGGAGUAACCAAAGGCUGCAUAAGAUAUGGAAAGCCAGGGUGUGAUGCAGAAACGUGUGACUACUUUCUGAGUUAUCGCCGCAUCGGGACAGAUGUGGAGUAUGAGAUGAGCUCAGACACAGACGGCUGGGUGGCAGUAGGUUUCUCCUCUGACAAGAAAAUGGGAGGAGACGAUGUCAUGGGCUGUGUCCAUGACGAUAACGGACGUGUACGGAUUCAUCACUUCUACAACGUCGGCCAGUGGGCCAAGGAAAUAAAAAGGAACCCUGCAAGAGACGAAGAGGGCGUUUUUGAGAACAACCGGGUGACCUGCCGUUUUAAGCGACCGCUAUAUGUCCCCAGAGAGGAAACACUUGUGGACUUACACCUGUCAUGGUAUUACCUGUUUGCAUGGGGACCUGCCAUACAAGGUUCCAUCACGAGGCAUGACAUCGACAAUCCGCCUGUCAGUGACCACAUGAUCAGCAUCUAUAAGUACGAGGACAUCUUCAUGCCUUCUACGGCCUACCAGACCUUCAACUCUCCCCUCUGCUUACUGCUCAUAGUAGCCCUCACCUUCUACUUACUAAUGGGAACGCCAUAAUGAAGCGCAGCAGACCACAUAGUGGAAAAAAGAGGGAAGAGAACAUGAUGCAGCAAUAAAUAAGUUGUCUGAUGCCACAUUCAAGUGUGCACUUUGUGCAAAGAGACAUCAUUAGAUAUAUUAAACACAAUAUAGAGUAUAUUUAUAUUAUAGCAUUACUCUGAACUCAUAAAGAAGAUCUUGACACAUUAUUAAACCUAUAUUGUAGAGGUGUCAUGUACUGUCAGUACAAAACAAGAGUAGUGUUAUAUUAAGAAUAGGACAGUUAUUUUCAGUAUUUAUGAUAGCUUCCAGGUAUUUAAAAAGUAUGAGAACUAAAAAUGAUUAUAAAUGAAUCUCACAAGUCUUCGAAAUACUGCAUGCACUGGGAAAUCUGGAAAUGAUUUCAAAAUCCCGCUGUUCAGCGAUGAUGAGAAGACAGGGUCUCAUGUUGAACUUGGCUAAAACACAAAAGGUUUUCGGAGGACAAAAGAAAACAAGCAGCUCACAGCCGUUUGCACAAACUCUUCCUGUUCUUUUACCCUCUUUAUAUGGAUUUCAUGCUUUGCAAAAAAAAAUCAUGGUUUGUUUAUUGUUUGUACAGGGCCUAUCACAAAAUAUAUUUUCCAAGGUUUUAGGUACUGCCUACAUUACCAUGUAAAAGAUUUUCAUAAACUUUUUCUUAUGUUUGGCUCAACUUUUCUAUAAUUUCCUUUCAAGAUGUUUCCCCACUUUCUCAACCACUUUCUGUUUGUGUUUGUUUAUUAAUAAUGUGCCACUGUGACUGUGUUUUAAAGACAGAGAGGCUGCUAAUGAGUUACUAUUACAAGCAAUAACACACUAAACUUAAGCAAACUGUGGAUUGAACAGUUUCUUAGACAUGGACUCAUUUUUCCCCCAGGCUGUUAUUGUAGCCUUUUAAUCUGUAUAAAAACACCUCCCACUGAAAUAAUCUGCCAUGGUUGUGUUUAUUAUCAAUAAAACUGUGAAGAAAUA